AUGUUCCUCGCUCGCCUACGGUCAGAUCUCGCGGUGGUGGAGUGGGAUUCUUUAUCCGGCAAGAAAUCGUUGCGCGUAGAGUCUCAUUCCCAGCCCACCCCACGUGGCGACAAUACAAGCCUGUGGCGUAUAAGAGCUGGAUCGAGUUGGGCGAACAGUGGCGGAUCAGUUCACAACGUGAACCAAGUGCUUUUCAAUCCGUACUAUAAUCCUAGGAUUCGAGAUGGCGACAUCGCUAUUAUCAGAACUCCAUCAAACUUUGUGUAUAGCAACACUGUAAGACCUGCAUCUAUCGCCGGUGUAAACUAUGUUUUAAAUGACAAUCAAGCUGUGUGGGCGAUUGGUUGGGGAUCUGCCUACUUUGGUGGACCCACGUCUCAACAGCUACGUCACGUACAAAUAUGGAGUGUGAAUCGGACUGUUUGUAAGAGCCGAUACAGAUCUAUCGGAUAUACAGUGACUGAUAAUAUGAUAUGCGCCGGCUGGCUAGAUGUGGGGGGAAGAGACCAAUGUCAAUAUGACGCCGGCGGCCCCCUCAUCCACAACAAUGCUGUAGUGGGAAUAUGCUCCUGGGGCUACCAGUGUGGAUCGCCCACUUACCCCGGUGUUAACACUCGCAUCUCCAAAUACACCCCUUGGAUACAGGCCAACGCCUAA